ACUGAAAGACAUAAAAAUCCGGUGUGAGAAAAAACCCGGAACUAGGGUUAGAGGCUUACACCAAAGCGACCCAGCUGCUCGUACGAUGGAGGCGGGGAAGGGGAAAAUCCCCGAGCAUGAAAACUUGGUUGAUGAAGAGAAGGCGGAGAUCGAGGCGGCGGCUCAAGAGUGGUGGAAUAUUACCCAGUCGAGGAUCGAGCUUAUGCGGCGACUGGGCGAACCUGUAAGCCUUUUCUACCCGAAGAAGCCGGUGGAUGCCCGUAUUCUCCUCAAUCGAAAGAGCAACUGCGACCACAUCGACAUCGGAAGCGGAUCUGUGGACAUGAAGGAAUUACUUGCCAAAGAAGAGCUCAUUUGGAGUACUGCUAUGGACUACAGAAAAGCCAAAAAUAUGGUCUAUAAGUAUGACCUUGUCCCAAAUAGCAUGACCAUGUAUCCGGUCAUGUUUGAGAACCACACAUGGUACCAUUGUAACCUCUUGGGUCAUAACAACGAAGUUCCCUCCACUGGCGGAGACCUUGGGCAGCAAUGUUUUUUUGUUGAGGUCAACAUUAAUCAAGGGUUCAAUUACAAUGUGGUGGCAUGCAUUGCACUUGAUGAUGAUACUGACAAUAACGUCUGUAAAAUGUGCCUCCUAAUUUGCAGGUUCAAAAUCGGUUGACCUUGAGUGCAAUCUCAAGUUUGAUGAUGAUGAUACUGACAAUAACGUCUGUAAAAUGUGCCCUCCUAAUUUUGGUGUACUACAUCCACGAAAAGGAGGAUUUAUAUGUGGGAGCCAGGAAGGUCAACUGCUUCGCCACUACAUCAAUGUUUAUUAGCGUUCUGGCCAUCUUAGAGUGAAUUCACUUUGGACCACCUAAAAUUACUGGUCUUGCAAUUUGGACCACCUAUGCUCAAAUAAUAGUGUGACAUGGUAAAGCCGCUCAAGGUUGCCCAAUCCAAAGCCUGCUCUCGACCUGGAUUUGAGAAUGGACAAUCCUGGCAUCUGCACCUCCGGUUCUAUUGGGGCCAAUUUCACCUAACCAAUUGUUGACUUGCCAAUAAAGAUUGAUCUUACAUUGCUAUUGCCUUGCCAACAGUUGGCAUUGGCACAAUUAACCAUGAACCAAGCAUGCCCAAAGCUGAAGUAUCAAUGUGGCGGCCAAUGCUAUUUUGGGAGAGACAUGGGAGUUGGCCAGAGGUAUCAAUGUGGCAUCUUAGUUGGACUUGACAGUUGGGCUGGGUCGGUGAACCAGCAUGUUACUAUUUGGUUAUGAGUAGUCCAAAUUGCUGAGUGUGUAAAUGUAGGUGGUCCAAGAUGCAAUUUACUAGUUAUCUUUUUCCGGGACUGACAAACCCACGUGUAUUUUUUUUUAAUUUGCUGAAGAUGGGAUUUUUUUUAUUUGCUUGCUGUAAGAGUGGAACUUUAAAUAUUUGUUGCAUAAUAUC